AUGAGUAAUUCUGGCUGGAACAAUGAGGCGUGCCUGGCUGCCGCUAAAGAAUUAAGACAGUCCUUCCAAAAAUCCGGGGGAAAGAAUGCCAUGCGCAACACCGGUAGGGACAAAGGCAAUCGCAGCAGUAGCAGCUCUAUCCCCAUGAAGCGACAAGAAUCGUUCCAGCACACACCUCGCCCAGCCCCUCCUCCCCCUGGAAAUCUCAACGUACCCCCUCCUAGCCGUCGCAAUUAUACUGAGACUCUCGUGUCUGACACUCGACAGAUUCCCCGUGGACCUAUUAUGAAAGGAAGUUUGGAUUUCUUAAACCGGACAGAUUCAACCAUUCAGAAGUCUUCCGAUUCUGUACAAGCAAAGGCAACUCAUACUGAAGAUGUAGCCAAACAAGCUAGAAGCUCUAAUAUGCCCUCGACACCUGCCAGUAGAAGCAUUGCCACUGUUAAGGUAAACCAUGAGAGCGCCGCGGAAGACCACAACAUCCCUAAACCCGUUCCUGCUCCUGCUCCUACUCCCGCUACCCCGGAAGCCCCCAAGGCGGGUAGCAAUGUUGACCUUCUUCGAGGCUUGACGACCCCUGAACCAAUCCAAUGUGCAGUUGAGGUCAACAUGGGAUCUAGUAAUAUGGCAGAAACAUUCUUCUCUUUUAUGUCGCAGGAUUCGGACGAAGAAUCGGAGGAUGCGCUUGAUACAGAAGCAGAAGACAAGGCUGUGAAUAAGUCCAACGCGACUAAAUUCUUGAGAUACACCUCUGACGACUUAUUGAAGCUAAGGGCCAAUGCAAAGAACGAUGUGCUGCCACUUGACAGCAUUGUGAAGCGUAUCAGCACGGUGGGAGACACCAACACGGUGGGGGACACCAACACGGUGGGAGACACCAACACACCUGCAAAAACCAAGACCAUUGGAAACUCUAGUAGCAUGGCAAAGCACACCGUCAUGGGAAAUGCCAUCGCCAUCGGGAAGUCGAAGCUCGCGGCUGCGAUAGGCAAGGCUUCCAUUCACCUUACACUCCCGCAGCAAACUAGUUCUCAUCGUUCGACUAAAGUCAACCCGCAGGUCACACCGAUUAAGCUGACCAUCACCGAACCUGAUGCAGUACAAGCUUCUACGAAAAUCGAUUCUCGAUCUGGAGUGACUCAAAACGUUAUCGGCAAACUUGAAGUUCCCCAAGUUCAGGCUAAGCCCAAACCCGAGACUGCAGUUGUCCAGAAGGUUGACGACAAGUCCUGCCACGAAGUGGUACAGAAGAUUCUUGAUGGAACUGAGAUUCCCCAAACCCAGGCCAAACCCCAAUCACAUGCCACAACUGUGGUUUCCAAGCCCAAGGCCGCAGACAAUCAUAAGCCCAGUGAUCAAGCUACCCCACAAGGAGAGACUCGAGGUAAGACCGAGACAUCCAAGAAAUUAGAUAGCCCAAAACUUCGCCCACAAGCACCCGGUUUUGUACCGGCGGCUCCUGCUGCUUCACUCUCGUCUUCAGAGAUGAUGCUCGAGUCUGCUCAAGGUGCUGGUUCGCUGGUUGCAAGUCCCUUAGCGGAUUACCAGACAGCAACUCCAAAUGUUAUGCCAGAAAGUUUGGUUCAUUCUGCUCCAUCUUCUGGGCAGAUUAUUGCAGUUACACCGAUCCAGUUUGCUGACGGACAUGUUGUUCCAGGGCCAUCAAGCGGCCUCUAUAUCAUCCACCCAGCACCUUCCCUGGACCAGAUGCCAACCCCUAGGAUGCAGAUGUCAACCUCUGGGAUGCAAAUGUCCACCCCCGGGAUGCAGAUGCAUCUGGGGACAUUUUCUGCCGACUUAUCCAUCCGGGAGAUAGAGAGCAGUAACGCGGCAGCUCAUACUGUAAGGCAGAGAAAGCCGACCAAGGGGUUGACUGCGUCUAUGUGGGCUAAUUCGUCCAACCGCUGA